UCACAACAUCGUAACCUAUAUUUGCGACAGUGUUCUCAAGACAAUGGCUCAACAAGCAUCUGAAGAAGAGAUUCUUCUCGCGAAGCGCAUCAUAUCGGCUGCUGAGCGCCACGACAUUCCCGCGCUCCACAUCCUCUUGAAAGAGGGCUCCGCCAAUGUCCAGGACCCUACCGCUUCAGUCGCUACUUCACCAUUACACGCGGCCAUUGCAGCAUGCGGAAAAGCCGAGGAUGGCAAAGAAGCGGGCGAUGAUGCUUUCAAGACUGUAGAACUUCUGCUUGCCAAUGGUGCAAUUUGGAACGACCUGAACAAAGAAGAUGAAACACCCGGCUGUAUCGCAUUGCGAUUGGGUCAGAAGAAAAUCUACGAGGCCAUGGUCGAGGCUGGUGUGCGUGCGGAACUUCUAUUCUCCAAGAUGGAAGCCCUAGGAAUGGGUGGUGUUGAAGCUGAGGGUGAAGAGAAUGAGGAAGCGGACGAAACACGUGAUGAGCAACCAGCAGCCAAAAAGCAGAAAAUUUCUGAGGAGGAAGCCAAGCCCGUCGAGGAGGCUGUCGAGGAGCAGGUGUUGGACGAUGUUUCUUUGGAUAACCAUGCCUACCUCAAGAGUCAGUUGCGAUAUAAACCUGGUAUUUUGUUGGACGAGAGCGACAAUGCCGUUAUGAUGGACUGGGAAACUCAGAUCAUGCAAAGGCAUGCCGAAACAUUGAUCCCGAAAGCCGGUCUAAGGACUAUGAACGUCGGCCAUGGAAUGGGUAUUGUCGAUACGGCUAUCCUCACACAUGAUCCUUCUGAGCAUCACAUCAUUGAGGCACACCCCCAGGUUCACCAACGCCUGCGCGAGCAAGGCUGGUACGACAAGCCCAACGUCAUCAUCCACGAAGGCAGGUGGCAGGACAUCCUUCCCAAGCUUGUUGAGCAAGGUGUCGUACUCGAUGCAAUCUACUAUGACACAUUUGCCGAAGACUAUGCGGCACUGAGAGAGUUUUUCUCUGAAUAUGUGAUCCAGCUCCUAGAUCCAGCUGGCAAGUUCGGAUGGUACAAUGGGCUUGGUGCCGAUCGACAGAUCUGCUACGAUGUUUACACAAAGGUCGCUGAAAUCGAUCUGCACGAAGCCGGAUUUGACACCGAAUGGGAGGAUAUCGCGGUUCCAUCUGGUCUCCAUGGCAGCUCUCAAUGGGAUGGCACCCGCCGGCCGUACUGGACAAUAGACAUCUAUCGGUUGCCAGUGAACACAUUUGUGAAAUAAUAAGAAAGCAAGUCAAUUACUGGCGGCGUUGGCGUUAUUUUUCUCUUCCAUCACCUACAAAAGGGUGGACUACGGAGCAUCUCUAACUGGGAUCCAAAAUCACGGAAAUUCUGUCGUCUUCUUAUUUGACAUCGUGCUUGCUGUUCCUUAUUGUUCAAUAUAGACUCAAAUGAACUCCGAACCUUUAGAC